AGAGGUGGUGGCCUCUUUUUCAAGGAAGUGAAAGCGGCUGAAAAGUUGGGUUGCAGCAAGGAAAAGUGGGAAAGGGAAGACGGAUUGCGAAAGCAAGCGGGGCACUACGUUCCCCAGGACUACUGCUGCUGCUGGCAAGAGAGCGGUUCGCCUCCCGUCCUCGCUGGCAGGAGUUAUGAGCAGGGCUUUGCCAUGAGAACACAAUGGGGCCCUUUCUCAGGCGCGGCUGUUUUUGCAUGGGGUUCCUCUUGGUUGCUGUAUGGCCGGCCGCUUGGAGUACAGAAGUUUGCACAGGGACGGACAUGAAGCUACAGCGUCCCUCUAGCCCAGAAAACCACUAUUCUACCUUCAGCCAUCUCUAUAAGGACUGUCAAGUUGUGCAAGGCAACCUGGAGAUCACCUACUUGGAAGCAGGUGUUGACACGUCCUUUCUCAAGAACAUCAGAGAAGUCCAGGGCUAUGUGCUGAUUGCCAAGAACCAUGUGAGUCGCUUGCAACUGGACAGCCUCCUCAUCAUUCGUGGGAACCAGCUGUAUGAGGAAAAAUAUGCUCUGGCUGUCCUUGACAACACCAACUCCAGUGAGGAUGUGGGACUGCAGGAGCUUGGCAUGUUGAAACUGACAGAGAUCUUGAAAGGUGGUGUGAUUGUAGAAGGCAACCCACAGCUGUGCUUCCAGGAGACCAUCAAGUGGGAUGCCAUCUUUCACAAAUCCAAUUAUUUGUGGCGCAACCACACUUCAAUCGGCCACAGUCGUAGUAGAACAUGCCCUGACUGCAAAACAAUCUGCCCUGAGGGCAAGUGCUGGGGAGAAGCAAAAGGGAGCUGUCAAAUAUUGACCAGCACAAUCUGUGCCAGCAGCUGUCCAAGGUGCAAAGGGAGACACUCGACCGAUUGUUGCCAUGAGCAAUGUGCAGCAGGCUGCACAGGACCCAAACACUCUGACUGCCUGGCCUGCCUACACUAUAACCACAGUGGGAUCUGUGAGCUGCAUUGCCCACUUCUCUUCAGCUACAAUCCGGACACCUUUGAGUCUGUACCUAAUCCAAAUGGGCGCUACACCUUCGGAGCAACUUGUGUCACUGAAUGCCCUUAUAAUUACUUGGCUGCAGAGGUUGGCUCCUGUACUUCAGUGUGUCCUCAGAACACCCAGGAGGUGAGCGUAGGCACCAUGCAGAAGUGUGAGAAAUGCAACAAACCCUGCCCAGAAGUUUGCUAUGGCUUGGGGAUGGAUUUCCUGAAAGGGGUCCGUGCUGUCAAUGCCUCCAACAUACAUCACUUUGCAGGCUGCACCAAGAUCUUUGGCAGCUUGACCUUUCUGCCAGAGACCUUUGCAGGGGAUCCUACCACCAAUACGCCACCCAUGACUCCUGAGCAGCUUAAAGCUUUUGAGAAUCUGAAGGAUCUAACAGGUUUCUUAUACAUUGAAUCUUGGCCAGAAACCUUCCUGGACUUGAGUCCCUUCCAAAAUCUUCAGGUGAUCCGAGGACGAGCACUCUACGCUGGAGCCUAUUCACUGACGCUGCAAAACCUCUCCAUCUUCUCACUGGGCUUGCGUUCAUUGCGAGAGAUCAGCAGUGGAAUGGUCCUUAUCCACCACAACCCUAACCUUUGCUUCAUCCAAAAUGUUCCUUGGAAAGACCUCUUCAGGAACCCUCGGCAGACGCAGUUCCAGAAUGGCAACAAGCCAGCUGAGCAGUGUGAGCGCCAAGGCCAGGUGUGCUUCCCUCUCUGCUCCCAGGGGCACUGCUGGGGACCUGGAGCCACUCAGUGUGUGUCCUGCAGUGGGUUUCUGCGUGGGAUGGAAUGUGUCGAGAGCUGCAGCAUUCUCGAUGGAGAGAUCCGGGAACAUGUCAAUGGAACACGAUGCCUCCCGUGCCAUCCAGAGUGCUUGCCACAAAAUGGAACACAGUCCUGCUAUGGAUCGGAUGCAGACCAGUGCCUAGCUUGUGCCCAUUUUAAAGAUGGCCCCUUUUGUGUAGAGCGGUGCCCCAGCGGUGUGAAGGUCGACACUUUUGUACCCAUCUGGAAGUAUCCCGACGAGGAGGGGAUCUGUCAGUUCUGCUCAACUAACUGCACCCACUCGUGCACACUGCGGGACAAACUUGGCUGCCCUGUAGAUCAGAAACCCAGCCAGGCAACAUCUAUCAUUGCUGGUGUGGUGGGCGCUGCACUUGCCCUGGUCCUCUUGUUCCUCAUCAUCAUUUGCAUCAACCGGCGGAAGCAGCAAGAGAGGAAACAUACAUUGCGGCGCCUCCUGCAGGAGACUGAGUUGGUGGAGCCCUUGACACCCAGUGGAGCCCUGCCUAACCAAGCUCAGAUGCGUAUUCUCAAGGAGACAGAGCUGAAAAAAGUCAAGGUUUUGGGGUCAGGCGCUUUUGGAACGGUGUACAAGGGGGUCUGGAUUCCUGAUGGUGAGAGUGUGAAGAUCCCAGUGGCCAUCAAAGUCUUGCGGGAAAACACCUCGCCCAAAGCCAACAAGGAGAUUUUGGAUGAGGCAUAUGUCAUGGCAGGUGUGGGCAGCCCGUACGUCUCACGGCUGCUGGGAAUUUGCCUCACCUCCACUGUUCAGCUGGUGACCCAGCUCAUGCCAUAUGGCUGCCUGCUGGACUAUGUGCGGGAGAACAAGGACCGCAUUGGAUCCCAGGACCUCCUUAACUGGUGUGUGCAGAUAGCAAAGGGCAUGAGCUACCUGGAGGAUGUCCGUCUGGUCCACCGAGACUUGGCUGCCCGGAAUGUCCUGGUGAAGAGUCCAAACCAUGUGAAGAUCACCGAUUUUGGCUUGGCCCGGCUACUGGACAUUGAUGAGACAGAAUACCAUGCUGAUGGAGGAAAGGUGCCUAUCAAGUGGAUGGCGCUGGAGUCCAUCUUGCGCAGACGGUUCACCCACCAAAGCGACGUCUGGAGCUAUGGUGUCACUGUGUGGGAACUGAUGACUUUUGGUGCCAAGCCAUAUGAUGGUAUUCCAGCCCGAGAGAUCCCUGACCUGCUGGAGAAAGGAGAGAGGCUGCCCCAGCCCCCCAUUUGCACCAUUGACGUCUACAUGAUCAUGGUGAAAUGUUGGAUGAUUGACUCUGAAUGCCGACCCAAGUUCCGGGAACUGGUCACUGAGUUCUCACGUAUGGCCAGGGAUCCACAGCGUUUUGUGGUUAUCCAGAAUGACGAUAUGAUGGGUCUAGCCAGCCCCAUUGACAGCACUUUCUACCGUACUUUGCUAGAGGAAGAAGACAUGCAAGAUCUGGUGGAUGCCGAAGAGUACCUGGUCCCUCACCAGGGCUUCUUCAAUGGCGAGGCUUCGGCUGACUAUAGAUCUGGGAUCCCCUCAUCCAGAAGUGUUGCAGAGACUCAAAUAGAUGCAGAGGACACUGAGGGAUCUGCUCAGUGUCCAUAUCUGGGCCCAUCUCUUUCAGAAGAGUCAGAACCUGUCACCCCCGACUUGCUUGAGGGGGACUAUGCAGCUAGCAAGGUGCUGCAGUACCUGCCACUGCCGCAAGAACCUUGCACUCUCCAUCACUACACCGAAGAUCCCACUGGCGCCUCAGUGAAUGAAAAUGAGAGUCCAGAAGCCAAGAGCUACAAUUCACCCACACACACUGCUGUGGUUCCAGAGUAUGUGAACCAGCCAGAGAACAGUCUGUUAUCAAGCAAAAGCCUCCGACCACCAGGAUCCACACUGGAAAAGCCAAAGGGCCUCUUGGGCAAGAACGGGCUCAUCAAAGAACCAAAGAAUGCCUUCAACAGCAGCUUCAACAACGUGGUGGAGAACCCAGAAUACCUGACGCCAUGCAACCUCCCUGUGGCUGGCCCAUUGCCUCAAGCCUUUGACAACCUUUAUUACUGGAACCAAGAGACUCCCAAGAGCAACCCGGCAGAAUUCUUUGCCACCUCUGCUGCUGCUCCUGCUGCAGUCACCAAUGGCUUCACCACAACCCCGACUGCAGAGAAUCUGGAGUACCUAGGCCUCGCCGAAUCAGCUACUCGUUCCAAGGACUUGUCGGCAUGAAGUCCAUUCCCCGUCACCAGUAAAUUCAAGGCAGCUCAGGAUGUAAACUAAUAAUGAACUAUUAAUGCUUUGUACGGUUGGGGAGAGUGAUUAAUUGAUAGCCCUCUUGGAGCUAAGCAGGCCUGUUCCUCCUCCUUGCAGUAGUGGCUGAGCACUUUAUUGCAGUCUCUCUCCCAUCAUGCAAUUCAGGCGGCCCAGUUUCCAUUUGACUCAGAAACCAAGUGGAGAGGCUUUUCAUUUUUUGCCUCCUUGCUGGACCAGCCUUUCUCUUCCUUGGACUGCAAGACAGGCAGCAGUCUGGAUUAAAGAGCUGGAAAGCUGAGAUAUUUUUUGAAACUCAAGGGCUUUCAUGUUGGAGAAGUUUCCACUAGCAAGAAAAGAAACAGACCAUGGUGGUUGAUUUUAAAGUGAGGGCAAAGCAUGCGUGUCUCUUAAAAACUGUUGGUUUUUGGUUUUUAUUUUGUUUAAUGACAAUGGUAAGAAAGGAAUGUUCUUCCUUGACCUUAGGAUCAGAAAAGACUGUGUUUCCAAGAGGUUACAAUGAAAUUAUGUGUAAUAGUGUUUAAACAAAAUAUGAUGGUAGAGGAUGAGGAGGAGAAAUAGAGA